GAAUAUGCUUUGUCAAAACUGGCUGCCACUAUUUCAUACUGCAAAGUCGGUUUAGGAGUUAUGCUUUGACUCAGUUAAAUGUGAAUGUUUUUUUUUUUAGUAAACUAUUGUUUUAUUGCCCCAGCAACUCCAGUUCGCCUGUGGGGCCUUAUUUAUUAAUAAGCACAAUCCACUUCAUCAGGUUACAGCCGGCAGCGGAGCUACGUGACUGAACUCAUUCUCAGCAUUAAACCGACCGGCUGCGGAUGAGUUGGAAAUUCCCAGUCAGCAUCUUUUUUUCUUUUCUGAGUAGUGUGGCUCUUUUGUUGGAUAGUUUUAUUGUGUGCACCGGGAGCCAUCAACCCCUCUCCACUCGCAGACAUCGCGAAAUGAAACUCGGUCUUGUCAUCCAGACUGCGGUGGCGCUUUAUCUGCUGCUCUCACCUGCACAGAGUCUUCCCCAGUCAAUCAUAAACAACACAACUGAAGUGUUGAUGUUCCAAGAAGUGUGGGGUCGCAGCUUCUGCCGGACCAUUGAGAAGCUGGUGGAGGUGGUGCAGGAGUACCCGACAGAGGUGGAGCACAUCUACAGCCCCGCCUGCGUGCCGCUGGUGAGGUGUGCAGGUUGCUGUGGGGACGAAAACCUGGAGUGCCAUCCCACCAACACCACAAACGUCACCAUGCAGCUGUUGAAAAUCAGGCCAUCAGAGCCGGGUCAAGAAUAUGUUGAGAUGACGUUUGUGGAGCAUCAGACAUGUGAAUGUAGAGUCAGGAAAGCUACUGUGAUGGUUGAAAGGAAAAGGCAAAGAGGACGAGGAAGGAAAAGAAAGGAAAGACAAAAAACAAAAGAAUGUGCCAGGUGCAAGAACCCUCGCAGGUAACUGCAGUGGCGACCCAACCCCCAGUUGCAGUGUGGCUCAGUUUAUUUCCAACCUAGUGACGGCAUCCAAAGUCUCCUCCGCUUAUCUAUCAACACUGUGUCUGCAGCCAGAGACUCAAACAGCUGGGUUGUUUUGCUGACAUGCUCUCCUGCCGAUGGGCAGAGGGUUUUAAUGACAAGCUUCAACCGGAAGUGUGUUUUGAUUGGUGUAAACACUGCUGUUACACACCGGACACGAUGGACAUCCCUGGGAGCCAGUGCAAUGUAGAGCCAAACAGACCGACGCCUUCUCUUUUAUUCCAGUUACUGUAAUUUGGUCAUUUCUUUGGUAUUUAAAGUUGGUCACUCUUGUUUAAAAUCUAUAUUUAUUGAUACAGCUGAAUAUAUUUGGACUAGCAACUGUUAAAAAAGUUUGUCAUCUUUGGUUUGAACAUUAUACAAGAUGCCUUGACUUGUCACAGCAGCAUAUUAUGUUGGACUGUGCAGCUGCUUUGUACAUGCAAAAAUGAAAUGUCUCCCUCUAGUGUUUAUGGAAACACUGCUCAAAACUAAAGUAUUUUUACAACUAUACAAAUAAGAUUAGACAGAUUAGAUCUUCUACCUAUUGUUUAUGAAGGUAACUUGCUCUGUAUGGAUUAACUCCCUCUCAAACCAAUCAUACAUUUUAAGUGUUUAACUAUCAGUUUGGAUUUAAAUAAGAACAAUAUUUAUCAGAAAAAUCAACUGAAGACAUGUCCACAGAAGAUUGUGAAUGAAUAAAUGAUUAUAUAUCAAAUCAUUAAAAAUCUAAAUUGUUCAUUUAAAUAUAUCUAUCUUUUUCUAUUGUGUUGGACGGUUGGAUCACAUCAGUUUAUUUCAAAUCACACUAGGAAGUGUGCCAUAGGCUGCAGAAUGGACGUGGAAUGGGGAAAUCAAUACUACAGCAACCAAUACACUCAAGCAGUACUCAUUUGGUAUUGUUGCAUCUUCAAAAAGUAUAAUUUACAAUUACUUUUUUCUUGUUUACUGCAAGUUUCUCACAGAUAUAAAAGCAUUUAUGUGCUUUGUGCAGUUAAACAUGAACACAUCUCUGUCCACCCUGGUGUCACGAGACUCCUUAAGGCCACACCACAGGUCUCAUCGUUCUGCAGUGUUUUCCCUGCAGUUCAGGGAAGUUUGUGGAAGACUUAGAUGCAUGCAUUGGGGUUGGGGGUUGGGGGGCCCUUCCGCACGAUGAAUUUAUGAUGUUUAAUUAAAAAAUAUGGGAUUUCACAUCAUUUUGGACCAUUAUUAUUAUUACCAUAUCUGUGAACAUAAAGUUGGAAAGGCUAGAGCAGAUAAUACAAAAAACAACACCCAAAAAGCCUGAAGACAAAACCUGAAAAAAAGAAAAGAAAAUAAGUCUACUGGGGACCAACUAAGACCAUUAGAUAUGGGAAAAGUCAUUAAGUUCAUUUUGAUGCUCUUCACAUUGAUUUUAUUAGAUGGUGCCCAAAACAGCUUGGGUGCUUCACCUAAGCCUUAUAAUGGUAGGGAAACCCCUGGUCUGUUUUUGGAAACACUGCAGUAAGGAAGAGUAGUAGUCAAUUGAAGUAGUUAUGUAAAAUUAUGUCCUUUUGUAUUGUUUUAUGUAUUUGCCUUCACAAAGAAAAUCCCUAUGAAAAUGUACAAAGUAACAUUUCUACUGCGUUAGUGUUUUUUUAUUUCAUUUGAAUAUUUAUUAAAUUGUUAUGGUUGUCAGUU